AGCAUGAAUUCACAACCGUUAAAGGAUCUCAGUAAGCUCUCCUCCAAAGGGUUGCUUGAGCAGUCACGGGAAAUCAUUGAAUCUAUGGCUACCAGUUGGAACCGGAACAAGUCGUAUCAAUUCCGAUACGAAGAUCAAACCAUUACUACCCAAAUUUAUACCAAAGACCAUUUGAACGACGACUACUGGGCUGGAAGGAUAACCACGUGGAGUGAUGGUUUUUCCAAAGAGUUUAAGCAAGGUUUGUUCAGCAGAUUCAUGAAGUAUGGGGUUGGUCUGUUGGAGUCUUUAGAGAAAAGUCAUACUGAGUAUGAAAAGGAGUAUAUUGAUAUAUUCUAUGGGUCGAAACUUAAACCCUUUGAGCUUGAGGAAACUGACCCGAGCUAUACUUCGAUUAGUUAUCUUGCCGAAUGCUAUUACAAUUUGGGAUUCCCGUUGAAAAAAAGAGUCUUUUAUGAACUAAUUCAUGUACUAAAGUCGGUCGAUGGAUCGGAAGCUUAUGUGAUUUCAUUAGCAGUUGAUCCAUCUCAUUUAACCGAUUCGAAAUCUUCCUUUGUUCAUGCAGUAUACACUUCGAUCGAAAAGUUCACUUAUCAAAAUGAAGAAUUAUCUUGGAAAAUGUGUACAUGUUCAGAUCCUGGUGGUCUAGUUCCUUCUUAUAUUACAAAAUUGUCUAUAAAAAAUGCUAUAUCUAAAGAUGUUCCGAGUUUCUUGAAUUGGUCAAGGACUAAGUCUGUUUGAAGCUAUCUAGCCAUAAUUUGACAUCAUC